AUGGAUGUGUUAGCUGACACUCGUCGGCAUACGGCACGUAAAAGUACCGUAACACGUCUAUUACAAAUUAAAUCGUCUCCCACUCAUCCUCCACCGCUUAACCAUUGUGAAAAUGUCAUUCAAGUCGAAACAACAACAAAAUCUUCGGCCUAUAUCAAUAAUAAUUCGGUUUCUUCUUCAUCUUUAAACAGUCAUCAGCAUUUAUCUCAAGUUGUCGGAGAUGAAAUGAAACUAUCUCUUUAUAAUCCUAAUUCUCAAAGACCUGUGUCAGAUGAAUGUCCAUCAUCAAUAUUUGAAACAUUGGACUCAUCAUCAGCAAUUCUGGAAAUAAAAAAGGAACAGGUUGAUGCGAAUGAUCAACAAAUAAAACCAAUGAUCAUUAUUCCGGAUAAUGAUAUUGAAGAAGUUGAAGAUUCAGCUAAUAAUCUAUUUGGUUCAACACAAGUUGUUCAUCCUCGACAUUCAGAAACAAAUGUGUCUUCACCACACGUCAGAAAAGACUCAGUUAAUAAUCCAUUUAAUAGUUCGGCUGUAUGUGAUGAUAUUAUGGAAAAUUUGAAGUUACAAACAGAGCAGCAAAUUGGGCACGACAAGAGUGAUAAUGCUUAUCGUGUGAAAUCAACAACAACAGCAAGAAUAUCUGUAGAUACCCAACGGACAUCAUCAACUAUUAACAGCAAUUUAUUACCUGAUUAUCGCCAUUCUUAUUCAACAGAUUCAACUAAUAGUGGAACAGUUGUUCCGCCACCGACGCUCAGUGCUUGUUUUGAUGAUAAUUUAAAAUCCUCUCAAAUAGUUCGAAAAGGGAAAAUUACAAAAGAACCACAUCAGCAAGAUAACGAAAUGGAACAUCAGUUCCAGAAUACUUUUGAACAACGGCAAUCUAGAACUGAAAUACCUGUUGGUGAAUCGGAAGUUGUGAAAAUGGAUCAAGAUGAAAUAGGUGUGAGUUCAAGUGGUAAAGGUAUAGCAAAUGAUGAACAAUCGUCGAAUGGGAAUGAUUUGAAUUUAUUCACUAAAUCUGUAUUAGCAUCAGAUGCUCAACGACGUCGAGAAGAUGAUGUUUGUCCAAUGGAAAGCGAAACGUCAGUUCCAUUAGCACUUCCGAAUAACUCUAUUGUAGAAAUCAGUGGUACACGACCUAUAUAUCCUUCCGUUCGUCAAUCAGUUACGGUCAUUGAUGAUGAUAUUGUUGAAAUAGCAACGACACCAGCAAUACCACACCGUUCGAAUUAUCAAAACGUCAUUUUAGUUCGAGAAGAUAUUAUGAAUAUGACAACAACCUCCAAUCAUCAUUUGUCGUCCUGUUGUACAUGUCGAUGUCAUCCUAUUCGUCAGUCGUCAGAUGAUGAUUUUCAUUUAUUUGAACAAGCUCUUAACGCUCAACGCCAACAACAACAAACAUUGUCAGUAAAUGAUAGACUAAUUAAAUUUCUAAAAGAACAACAAAAAGAGUUUCAACAAAAACCACCUCAGCAUCAACAAGCAAAAGAACAUAGAUCACAACAAACAAUCACAGUCGAUAUAAAAGAAAUGGGAAUUCAAACUGAGAAACAUCCCCAAACAGUGCAACAAGUACAACAAAGACAAAUUACUCAAGCUAUCAUUCCUCCAUCUCUUGUUGUCACGUCAUCUGCAUCCAAUCCUUUAAUUCCGCCACAACUAAAACAACAUACCUUACAAACGGCAGUUCGUCCACAUAACCCAUUUAGUAUCACCGCAGUAUCCACGUCAAUUCUUUCAGCAGGUCCAAUUCUUCCCGCUACACUUCAUCAUCGACCAACACUCCUGUCAAGGACUCCGUUUUUACAACCAAUUUUACCACAUCCUCCGACACCCCCAGUACCUCUUCCCUCAAAUGUUGCUGCAUUAUUACCUGAAGCAUCUGUAUCGCCGGCACAAACGGUACCUUCUCAACAUCAAUAUCCAACGUCUGCUCCUAUACAGCAGCAACAACAACAACAACAACAACAACGGCAAUCACAAGUAACAGAAAUUGAUUUGACAAAUGACGAUGAUGAUCGACCAUCAUCAAUGUCACAAACAACAAUACGACCUCAAAUACCUCAAACUGCUUCUAUACCUCCACCACCAAAUCGUACACGUGGUGGUAACCGAAAUUUUCGUGCAAAUAUUAUACAAACUGGUCAGGUGAGUUUUCCGAUCCGUCCACUACCUGAGCAUCAACCAUUUGACACAACCAUUGCUCGUCCAAAAUUAACGAUUGCGCAUGAAAAUUCAACUGUUCGUCUUCAUUGGAAUUUGCAAAAUACAUCUCAGGAAUCAAUUCGUGAAUAUCAAAUAUUUGCAUACAAAUACAAUGUUAAUUCAACAGUUAGCGACUGGAAACAGAUUGGAAGUGUUCGAAGUAUGCGUUUACCGAUGGCUGUUACAUUGAAAGAAUUUCAAUCAAAUAGCCAUUAUGCAUUUGCUGUACGAGCCAUCUCAAUGUCAAAUAUAGUUGGUCAAUUUUGCGAACCAAAAACAAUUUUUACUGGUAUUCCGCCAAAUCCACUACCUCUACAAACAUCACACAUUCAGAAUGUUCCCAUUUCAAACGGAGUCGGCGUAAGUCCAGUAACAAUUGAUGCUUUUUCUAUUAACAAACAACAUUGUAUAUUAAUACCAUUAUGCACAUAA